UUUUUAUAAUUGAGUGGUCUCAGUUCGAGAGGAGAGAGUAAUCAUCCAAAAAUCGAUCUGGAACGAGCAGUGGUCUGUGAACUCGAGCUGUGAGAGUGCUGAGACUGUUUGGUUGAUAUCUCGAGUUUUACCAAUCCAAUUAAGGCGUGUGAGAUACCAAAAGAAAGCUCUCAAGACGAGGAAUCCGUGAAGGUCUGGUUUGCAUCAAUCGGAGUAGAGGAAGGCUUCCAAAUCGUCCGAGCAGAACGCGACCUCGCAGGGACGGAUUUACUCUUCUAAGAAACGAGUUAACCGGAAAACACCCGUUCUAGGGGCUGUUUUCGUAUCAACGAUUAAGGGUUGAACUAGCACUUGGAGGAGGCUGUUUAACACUCAUAUUUGAGCAAGGAAUCGGUUCCAAAUCCACCUUGACCAAAUCUUUGACCAUUGGACCAAGAAGGGAAAGUUUAAAGCUCAAUUGAGGUUGAGGCUAGAGCUUGCUUCCUGUGCUCGUUGCCCGAGUGAUUUCCCCGGAGAGAAGACUUGAAAUGGACCGUGGUGGCAGGAUUACUAGGAGGAACCCGACCGGCCGUGUACCAGUGGAGACUGGACAGGGCAGUCGAAGGACCUCUAGGGCAUCUAGAGGAGCUGGCCGUGGAGGCCGAUCACAGACCGUGAGUGACGGUCAUGUCGACACAGAAAGUGAAACCUACUGGUCCUAUGAGGACUCGACUUACCAACCGGAAACCGAGCCGGUUGAGACCCCUUACGAAGGGGAUGACGAUGAUGUGAGUGAUGAAGAAGGGGAGAAUGACUCCCUAGCAAGAAUUGAGGCGCUGCUCCAGCAAUAUCAGCGGGAGCGCGAGGAAAGGAGGGAACGCCGAAGGCGCCGAGGAGGGCGAACUUCGGGAGGGGCUUCAAGGGGAAGAAGCCAUGGCGACUCUAAGGCCCACGUUGAACCACAUGGGGGACGGGGUGAUGGAGGUCCAAUCAUAAGGAUCUCCAAGUAUAUCAAAGAGGCACGAGACUUGGGGUGCAAACCGUUCGAUGGAACGGGAGACAUCUCCAUUUCGGCGCAAUGGAUCAAGAGGCUGAAUGAGGCGGCCCUGGACAUGCAACUCACCCCCGAAUAUAAGCUAAGGGUCGCGGUGAGGUUACUUGAAGGUAUGGCAUCCAAGUGGUGGGAUGGGACCAAAAGCAAAUAUGGUGAGACCGUCACUUGGGAGAAUUUCCGAGAGGAAUUCUUCGCACAAUACUACUCGAAUUUCGAGGUGAACAAAAAGGUGAGGGAAUACACCCUUCUAACCCAAGAGGGUAACAUGACGGUGAGGGAACUUGAGUACAAGUUCAAGGAUCUUGCCGACUACAUACCUGAGUAUGCUUGUGAUGAGAACCGGAUGGUGAACCACUUCUGGGAUGCUCUAGACUUGGAGAUACGCGAUAGAGCAACACAAUUGCCUAACAUGACGUUUGCUCAAGUGGUUGACCAAAGGUUGAAAGGGGAGAAACAGUGGGAGGAGAGGAAGAAGAGAGACGCCGAGGAGGCGAAAAAGAGGAAGUGGGAGAGUCAUGGCUCCCAAGGUUCCAACAAAAAGGGAAACCAUGGAGGAGGAUCUUUCCGUGCACCGCCGCCACCAUCUAGGGGGAAACAAGGCCCGAGCAGGCAUGACUCGGGGUCACAAGCCUCGGGGACGCCUCGUUGCUUGAAUUGCAAGAAGAGUCACCUCGGAAAAUGCCGUGAACCUCCUAGAUGUUUCCAAUGCGGGAACACCGGGCAUUUGAAGGCGCAUUGCCCACAACUGGGUGGGCAAAGGUCAUCGGGACCAAGUAGCGGGGCUACGGGAACACGAAGCCAAGUCGGGGGUUCCCAAUCAACUAGGGGGCAUGGGGGAGCAAGCGCGAGCAACGCGCCAUCGGUGAAUCAAGAAAGGACUCAAGCUAGAGUCUAUGUGAUGACGGAGGCAGAUGUUCAAGCUAACCCGGAUUCCGUUGCAGGUUGAGGUUAGAGCUUGCAUCCUGUGCUCGUUGAUCGAGUGAUUCCUAGGAGAGAAGACUUGGUUCGUGCUUCCUCCAUUCCAUUUGAAACAUUAAUAAAUUUGCUCAUGGAUAUUUUACUAUAGAGCCUGCGUGCUCAUGAAAUGCCUUGUGUGGCCUUCUUGUUUUAAACAAUGUUUUCCGCUGCGUUAUGAAUUACUUAUUAUGUUUGUUUAUGGAUGUAUACGUGUGAAUGAUAUUCAAGACGCCUUGUAUAAUAUGAAUGUGUUGGACUGCGGUUGACUAUUCGUAUUGUACGGCGGAUUGUCGACGUGUCCGGGGAGGUCCGGGGCGUGACACUACGACACCGUUCAAAGUCACUUAAACUCAUGGCACCCUACCGAGGCGGCAAAAUUGAAGAUCAAGAGCUUGCUAACAUAUAUAUCGAGGUUUGCAAAUGAUCAACCCUUUGAUGAUUUUGUUUAUAAUG